AUGGUGCACACCCCGGAGGAAAAGGCGACGGCCCAGGCCUCGCCGAAGAAGCAGCAGGUCACCGCGUCAAAGGUGUUUGCCGCAGUGAGCGCUCAAGCUAAUGAGGCUCAGAAACAGGCUAUUAGAGCCCAGGAUGACAAGGUUGCCGCUGAGCAAGUUGUCUUCAACGUUGAGGACAUCCCGAUCACCCCUGAGUCCGUGGUCGAACAGGAUGACGCUUUCCGUCGACGUUCGUUGAACAUUGUCACCAUCAAGGACAAAUGGGAUGCCCAAUCCAGGACUCUGGAUGUGUCCAGUCUGGAGGACGAGGAGGCACCCAACGAUAUCGAGGAAGCAAUCGGGUUUUUCAACCAGGAAGUCACUAAUAAGUUGGCCAACGUGCGGUACACCUUUAAGAGGAAAGACUUGUACGCAUUCCUGUAUGCGAAGAUUAGCGCGAUUGCGAAGUACUAUUCGCAGAAGGGCGACGGCCCCUUUCUUUUCCUUCCGUCCACUGACAACCGCCGGGAAGGAGCAUUAGUCGGAGCAUUUACAUCGCGACGGGUCCCGUAUGGGACCUCUGCUGUUGGCGCUGCCCAACAGCGCAGAUAUCAGGUCAUUGCCAUCAACCUGAACACUAACUUGGGCAAGAUGUAUGAACACGCCAUGAACUUCCCCAACUACUGGAAGGCGGCAGAGGACGAGAAUAUUGAGCUCAAGAAAAAGGGUAACGACUACUGA